AUGUCAACUGGAGCCCCCGCCCCACGGCUUCGUGUUCGGCGCGCCACCCCCGAUGACGCAGGCGCGAUCGCGAAGAUUCACUUCGAGGCCUUCGGGCCCGGCGUAAUGAACAAGCUGGUGCACCCGGGUGGGGUGAGCGAGGACGCGCGGGCAAAGUUCGCCGGGGGGAUAUUCCCUCCGCCCGACAAGGCGGCGGACCCCUCCGCCGAGGUUAUCGUCAUGGUGGCGGAGCUCCUGGCGGGGGGAAGUCAGGCCGACGGCGGCCAGGACCCCGUGAUCGUGGCCUUUGCCAAGUGGAAGCUGGUCAGGGAGGCGCAGCCCAGGGAGGAGUGGGAGGACCGCCACGACAUGACGGAGGAGGAGCUGGGCGAGGGCGCGGACGCGGCCGUGUACAACAAGUUCAUCGGCGGCUUGCACGAGAUGAAGCGGCGCUGGGUGAAGGGGGACCCGUGCCUUCGUGAGUCUCUCAUCCCCCCACCCCCAACGCGGCAGACUGUGGCGGGGUUACCUGACGACAUGACAGAUCUGGGAAUCCUGGCGGCGACGCCUACUCGGCACCGGCUCGGGGCCGGGUCAGCCUUGCUCAAAUGGGGCUGCGAGCUUGCUGACGGGGAGAACAAGACGGCGUGGCUGGAGGCAUCGCCGGCUGGGUAUUCUCUGUACAGAAGAUUUGGGUUUGAGGACGUCGAUGUUCAGGACCUCAAGCUGACAGAGUUAUGGGGCGCGGUGAGGUCCGAAGGCGAGAACUGGGGCGCCGCAUCGGCGGUGGCGCUCGCUGGCGAGCUCCCAGAUGGCAGCUUCAGGUCGGUGCUGAUGAAGAGGUUACCCAAAACGUCCUGA